GAAUCUGGAAUGUGGUUGUCUCCUGUGUAAAUGGAAAAUAACAUAAAUCUGGUGGUGGAGGUUUAUUUUGAAAAAUGCAAAAGAUUUUGUGAUUUGAGAUGGCGGAUCUAAAUAACUUGCAAUCAUUUAUUUCUACUCUACCUGGGGAUGGCUUUGAAUAUCGGUUCUGUUCCUCUCCACCCAAAUCUACUUUCCCAUUCUGUUAGUUUUGUAUCAAAACACAAUCACUUGUUCUUUUUCAAUAGACUCUCCUUAUCUUCUUCAAAUUCACUUGCGGCAAACCAUUUCUAUUCUUCUUCUUCCUUUACUGUAGCUAUACAUUCGGAAGGAGCGGAAGGAGUAACAGAUGAAGAAGAAGAACCUCCUGGCUCUAAUGGAUCGCUCUCUUCUGCUCGAACUCAACUUGAUCUCUUGGAACAAUUGAGCUCUUCCACUGAUGGUAAUGCAAGUGACGGGAAAUCAAAUCGAUUGACAAUUCGCGAACAACUCAUGCAAUUGGUGGGAGAUAGAGAAGGUGAGGAUUUCAGCAUUCUGUUGGGUAAAAAAAAUCUAAAGAAGGUGAGUGCUACUUUCUUAACCAUUUCACAGAAGAGAAACAUCAAAAGAAAAGCUUACUUGGAUGAUGUUUCUCAGAGGAACGAUACAUUUUUCUUCUCCACAAUUGCAGCCUUUGUAAUUAUUCCACCUAUUAUUAUAUUAGUGGUAGCUGUCUCAACUGGAUAUGUGCAACUUUUACCAUGAUCCAUGAAAGAAUAUAGACUAUAAUUUUUCUGUUAUCGAAGUGUCUUUGACAUUUAUAUUUGUCCUUCGUGUCAAUGAAAUGAAAAACUUAUAGUUGUAUUUGUUGUUA